AUGGAUGAUCUGGACGUGCUGGCCCGAGAUUUCGGGCUCGGGGCCCGUGGAAAGUCCAAUCCGAUGAGGUCCGCGCCCUCCGAUCGUCGACCCAUUGACGAUCCGUUGUUCGGCGAUGUUUUCGGUGGGCAGCCGAAUUUCACGGCAAGCUCGAAGAAUCCCAACAGUGGCAACAAGCACUCGUCAAUGAACGAUUUUGAUUACGAUUCAAUUUUCAAGUCGUCAUCCACCGUGAGCGAACCCAAGAAUAGUGUUAACAGCAGCAACAAACCGGCAUCCUCGUUGCCUGUGUACGACAAGCCUGUGUAUGAUGAGGAUAUCUUUGAUGGGUUGCCGGGUUUGAAGAACAAAUCAGCUGCAGCGGCUGUGAGGUUCGAGGAUGACGUGUUCUCCACUAUUUCCUCGCCACCAACGGGCAGGAGUGGGAAUCCGAGCAGUAGUUUUGAUGAUUUGUUGGGGAAUUUGGGGAGAAAUGAGAAGUCAGGGGACAGCAACAUGAGCAGUAGUGCUAAGAGCAGCUCGAGUACAAAGGGCUUUGAUGAUUUGUUGCCUGGGUUUGGCAGUGGCAGUACUGCUGCUAGCAACAGACCAAUACCAGAGUCAAGGUGGGGCUCUGUACCCACUGCUGGUUCAAAACACGGGAAUAUUCUGAAUGAUCCUUUCGUAGUUCUUGAAUCAGAUUCUACCCCCCAUUCAUCUUCUGGGGUAUUUACUGAUCCUCUGGAAGAGAUUAGUAAACUUAAUAAAUCUAGGAGUGCAAGGGCUGAAGUUUCAUCGGGUACAGGUGGAGCAUUUGAUGAUUUAGACCCCCUUGGCACUAGUGGAAAUUCUGCACAUGGAAUUUCCCCAGGGAGGGAUCACUUAGGGAAGGAUGGGAACGCAUCCAGAUCAGCAAUGCCCCAAUCUGCUACUGCCCGGCAACCAAUGGGGAACUCUUCUUUCAGAUAUUCUGAGAGCAAUACAGCAAAGAAAGAUCCUGUAGACAAUUUUCAGGAGCCUCCUUUAUUUGAUGUGCCUAAUGUUGCGACAGACUCACAGAAAUCUUUUCAUCAAACUGCUUCUUCUCAAUAUUAUGAAAAAGGCCCACAGGUCGAUAUGUCACCAGCAUCAGAAGUACCUGGACAUCAAUAUGAUGAUAUAUGGCUCACUGUUUCAGAGAUUCCACUUUUUACGCAUCCUACAACUGCUCCACCCCCAUCACGACCUCCACCACCUAUACCCCGUAAAUCUUCAAAGUCAGAGCCAGGUUCCUAUUUUUCAAGUUCAAGAAAGAAGAGCGAUGAAUUCUCUUCACCUACAUACAAUUCUCAUCAUCCUGAAAGUCCUAAGCAUGACUGGACUGCAGAGAAGAGCCCUCAGACAUCACAGUUUGAUGAGCUUGAUGAUUUUGCCAUGGACAGGUCACAAAACAGUGCUGAUGAAACUACAAAUAUUCACACGUCCACCAAUCCUUUCUCUGCUGCUGCUGCAUCAGCUGCUGCAAUGAAGGAUGCUAUGGAUAAAGCGGAGGCUAAAUUCAGACAUGCAAAGGAAGUGCGUGAAAGAGAGUACGCAAAAGCCGCCAGGUAUAAGGACUCCGGGCCUCUGGAAAGAGAUGAAACAGAUAGCCAUGAAAGAGAUUUCAAGGAAACUCAGGAGAGAUUAGAACGUGAAAGGAAACAGAAGGAAGAAGAAGAAGAAAGAGAGAUGAGAAGGCUCGAGAGGGAGAGACUAAGGGAGAAUGAAAGGGAGAAGGCCAGACAGGCUGUUGAAAGGGCUACCAGGGAAGCACGUGAACGAGCAGCCACUGAAGCUCGAUUGAAAGCAGAAAGGGCAGCUGUUGAGAAGGUAAAUGCUGAAGCUCGUGGACGUGCUGAAAGAUUAGCCGUUCAGAGGGCACAAGCCGAAGCUCGUGAAAGAGCUGCUGUUGAAGCUAGAGAACGAGCGGGCAAAGCUGCUGCAGAAGCUAGGGAAAGGGCUGCCGCAGAAGCGAGAGAGAGAGCCGCUGCCGAAGCGAGGGAAAAAGAGACUCGGGACAGAGCUGCUGUGGCAAGGGCUGAAGCAGAAGCCAGACGUCGAGCCGAACGAGCUGCCGUUGAGAGGGCAGCUGCUGAGGCCAGGGAGAGAGCCGCUGCAGAAGCUCGAGAAAGGGCAGCUGCAGCUUCAAAGAUGAAUCAACAAAAGCAUGAUAAUGAUUUGGAAUCCUUUUUCAGCAUGGGCCGAGCAAGCAGUGCACCGAGAGCUCGAACUAACCCAACUGAUCCGUUUUCUGAUCAGUUCCAGAACAGAGGUGGAUCUGAAGCUGCUAAGAGGACACCGCCAACUAGUGGUGCCACAUCUAACAUGAAGAAAGCUUCUUCAACUACCAAUUUUGUCGAUGAUCUCUCUGCUAUAUUUGGGACUGCUCCAUCGGCUGGAGAGUUUCAGGAAGUUGGAGGCGAAACUGUAGAAAGAAGAAGGGCCAGACUGGAUCGCCACCAGCGCACUCAAGAGAGAGCGGCAAAAGCAUUGGCUGAAAAAAAUCAGCGUGACCUUCAAGCUCAGAGAGAACAAGAAGAAAGACAUAGGAUUGCUGAGACACUGGAUUUCGAAAUCAAGCGUUGGGCUGCUGGCAAAGAAGGAAAUUUGCGUGCCCUUCUGUCAACAUUACAAUAUGUGCUUUGGCCUGAAUGUGGGUGGCAGCCUGUUUCCUUGACUGAUUUGAUCACUGGUGCCUCUGUCAAAAAGGUUUAUAGAAAAGCAACAUUAUGCAUUCACCCUGACAAGGUACAGCAAAAGGGCGCCACUCUUCAACAGAAAUAUAUUGCUGAGAAGGUUUUCGACCUGCUAAAGGAAGCUUGGAAUAAAUUUAACUCUGAGGAGCUAUUCUAA